GUACCACUCUCAAAACGUGCAAAGUUGUAUAAGAGGAGAGCUAAAGUAAGAGAAGCUGAUGACCUUGGAUAAUUGUUAGCGUAUGGCAAUUGCAGCAGCCAUGAGCCGUGAAGACGACAAGGAUGAGCAUGACCAUGACAUGGUAAUGCCCGGUUUUCGCUUCCACCCAACCGAGGAAGAGCUCGUUGAGUUCUACCUCCGUCGUAAGGUAGAGGGAAAGCGCUUCAAUGUGGAGCUCAUAACCUUUCUCGACCUCUACCGCUAUGAUCCAUGGGAGCUUCCUGCCUUGGCAGCUAUAGGAGAGAAAGAAUGGUUCUUUUAUGUGCCGAGAGACCGCAAGUAUAGGAACGGUGACCGACCAAACCGGGUGACCACUUCCGGUUACUGGAAGGCUACCGGUGCCGACCGGAUGAUCCGGACUGAGACACUUAGGUCAAUCGGGCUAAAGAAGACCUUGGUCUUCUACUCAGGGAAGGCUCCAAAAGGCAUCAGGACCAGUUGGAUCAUGAACGAGUAUCGUUUGCCGCAGCAUGAAACCGAUCGGCACCAGAAGGCCGAAAUUUCGCUUUGUCGCGUGUACAAGAGAGCUGGAGUAGAUGAUCACUCCCCAAUAAUCCCCCGUUCGGUUUCAACUUCAUCAUCCACUCCAUCCUCAUCGAGAGGGGUCCAGUCGUCUGGCGAUAAGAAACAACGUAGCACAAGCACAGUUCAUCGUAAUGCACCACCGGUGAGUUUCCAAACACUGGGAGUCGGAGGACAUUCACCUCCGAGCAGCGAGACAGGAGAUAAGGUGCAGGAAGCAGACAGAAGCAGCUGUAGCAAUGAAGCGGGCACCGCUCUUGCCCUAUCCAAGCCCCAUAGAGCAGCUUACGCUACUGAAAUAUCUCCGAUGGCCCCAUUGCUGCCACCGGCUACAGCACACGAAGACGUGACUGCUAAUCUCUUGCACCAUUCUAAGGAAGUAGGCUCUCUACUACCAAUACCAAGCUGCACCACCUUCUUCGCCUGCUCAUCGUCAGUGCCCUCCCCCACGACUCAACAGGUAUUCGACGAGCUUCACAAACUUGUAGGCUACCAAAGAGGUUACAUACAUCAUGAUCAUCAUCAGCAGCAGCAACAACAUGUACAACAACAACAACAACAGCAGCAGCACCAAUCCGCCCAAUUCCUCUCCAUACCAUGUCAACAAUCACAAACACUAGCUCUCAACAGGUUGCCCACCUCGCUGCCCACAACAUUCUCUGACAAGAUCUGGGAGUGGAAUCCCAUCCCGGAGGCUAACAGAGAUUACACCAAUCCAUUCAAAUGAUGAACAAACUGGCACAUACAAAGCGCGCGCACACACACACACACACACACCCAUAUAU